AUGAGCUCUACAUCUCUUGCUGGAGUGAAAAGCUCAAUGGUAAAUUUGAAUAACAAUGGAUAUGAUGGCAUUGUCAUUGCAAUUAACCCUAGGGUACAAGAAGAUGAAAAACUCAUUCAAAACAUAGAGGAAAUGGUAACUGAAGCUUCAACUUACCUAUUUCAUGCCACCAAACGAAGAGUUUAUUUCAGGAAUGUAAGCAUUUUAAUUCCAAUGACCUGGAAGUCAAAAUCUGAGUACUUGAUGCCAAAACAAGAAUCAUAUGACCAGGCAGAUGUCAUAGUUGCCAAUCCUUACCUAAAAUAUGGAGAUGAUCCCUAUACGCUUCAAUAUGGACUUGGGGAAAAAGGACAAUAUAUACAUUUUACUCCAAACUUCUUGUUGACUAAUAAUUUGCCUAUCUAUUGGUCCCGAGGCAGAGUGCUUGUCCAUGAGUGGGCCCGCCUCCAAUGGGGAAUGUUUGAUGAGUAUAAUGUGGACUGGCCAUUCUAUAUUUCCAGACAGAACACUAUUGAAGCAACAAGAUGUUCAACUCAUAUUACUGGCAUUAAUGUGGUUUUCAAGGAAUGUCAGGGAAGCAGCUGUAGAACAAGGCCAUGCAGGCGUGACUCACAGACAGGGCUGUAUGAAGCAAAGUGUACAUUUAUCCCAGAAAAAUCCCAGACUGCAAGGGACUCCAUAAUGUUUACGCAAAGUCUCGAUUCUGUAACUGAAUUUUGUACAGCAAAAACUCAUAAUACAGAAACUCCAAACCUACAAAACAAAAUGCAUAGUAGCAGAAGCACAUGGGAUAUAGUUAUGGACUCUGAUGAUUUUCAGAAUGCAUCUCCCAUGAAAGGAACAGAUCCACCACCUCAUCCUAUAUUUUCAUUGCUGAAGUCCAAAGAGCAAGUAGUCUGUUUGGUACUUGAUAAAUCUGGAAGCAUGAUGGUCACAUUUGAACAUUUUGCUACAACCCAAAACUACCUAACAGAAAUAACUGGUAAUAAUGCUUAUGAAAAGAUCACUGCAAACCUGCCUCAAGAAGCUGGUGGUGGAACCUCAAUUUGCAGUGGUCUCAGAGCAGGAUUCCAGUUAGUAACUAGCAAAUAUAGUACUUCUGGUUCUGAAAUCGUAUUACUAACAGAUGGGGAAGAUGAUCACAUAAGCUCAUGCUUUGAGGAGGUAAAGCAAAGUGCUGCAAUCAUCCACACCAUUGCUGUGGGACGUUUUGCUGCCAAAAAACUGGAGACCCUGUCAAAUAUGACAGACAUAAAUGGCCUUAUUGAUGCUUUCAGUAGAAUUUCAUCUAGAAGUGGCAGCAUCACUCAGCAGGGUAUUCAGGUAACAGAAAGUAAAGCCUUGAGUAUUACAGGAAGAGAAUGGAUAAAUGGGAUAAAUGGUACAGUACCUGUGGAUAGUACAAUUGGAAAUGACACUUUCUUUUUUGUCACAUGGACAAUACAAAAGCCAGAAAUUCUUCUCCAAGAUCCAAAAGGAACAAAAUAUGAACCCUCAGAUUUCAAAGUAGAUAAACUAAAUAUUCGGUCUGCCUGUCUUCGAAUACCAGGUAUUGCAGAGACACUUCGCCUUCUAAAUAAACAUGCCAACUCUCAGAUGCUAACGGUGACAAUGACUAUGAGCAAAAGUCCUACCACACUCCCAGUAAUUGCAACUGCUCACAUGAGCCAAAGUACAACACAUUACCCUAGCCCAAUGAUUGUUUACGCACAAGUCAGUCAAGGGUUUUUGCCUGUUCUGGGAAUCAACAUAACAGCCACUAUAGAAACCGAAGAUGAAUAUCAAAUAAUAAUGGAGAUCUGGGACAAUGGUGCAGGUGCUGAUACUGUGAAGAAUGAUGGCGUCUACUCAAGAUAUUUUACAGAAUACCAUGGAAAGGGGCGCCUGAGAGCUCCUCCUGCUGGUAGUCAUACUCAUGUGUUCCCACCUGGCUAAAUCACAGACCUUGAGGCUAAGGUUAAAGAUCACAUUCAACUUUCAUGGACUGCCCCUGGCAAUGUCCUUGAUAAAGGAAAAGCCAACGGCUACAUUAUAAGAAUAAGCUUCCUGGAUCUCCGAGAAGAUUUUGACAAUGCUGCUUUAGUGAACACUACUAGUCUGAUACCUAAGGAGGCUGGCUCAAUAGAAAAUUUUGAAUUUAAACCAGAACCUUUUAAAACAGAAAAUGGCACCAAAUUCUAUAUUGCAAUUCAAGCCAUCCAUGAAGCUAAUCUCACCUCAGAGGUUUCUAACAUUGCACAAGCAACCAAGUUUAUUCCUCCGCAGGAAUCCAGUGUCUCUGCUCUGGGUACCAACAUUUUUACAACCAGUUUGGCAAUUUUGGGAUUAGCUGUGAUUUUAUCUAUAUUUUAA